AUGGAAUUCCCAGUAAUUAAUUUUGAAGCUGGUAUUAAUUCAUUACAUAAUCCUUCAUUAAUUUAUCGAAUUUUCUCAAAUUUUGAGCUGGGUAAAUUGUCAUAUGCUAAUAGAAUAUGGAAAUGGGGUGCCCUUUUUCUUGCUUUAGCUUAUGCAUUUAGUAGUCUUGUUAAUAAAAUCAAGAUUAUAAUCUUAUAUUACCACAAUAAAUCCAGAUCUUUAUUAGCUGCUUCUGAACCUUUAUUAUCUCACUUAUACGAUGAAUUUGAUAGUGAUUUUUCUGAUAACGAAAACGACGACGUUUCCUCUUCUUGGGAAUCCACAUCCGAUGAAGAAGACGACGACAUCGACAUCGACGAAGACGACGAAAUCGAGGAUCUAUGGAACGCAUCGUUUGGUGACGAUGAUUACAAUGUAAAGGGUAGUUUCGGAAAUUUCAAUGAAAGUUCAAGGCAAAAGGGUAAAUUCAAGCUUCUUCGCCGAAGACGGAGUUUUGUUGACAAUUUCUCAUUGUCUGAUUUUGUUAAUGGAAACGGCGUCGUUAAGCUUUGGGAUGGAUUAAGUUUAGGAGUUGUAGAUGUCGAUAAUGCCUUUUCAUUCCUAGAUUAUGAAAAUAACAAAAACUCAGAAAAUCAAGAUUUAUUCUUCGCCGGAGUUCCGGCGGUUUCCUCGUCGCCGGCGGUGUUCAUCUCCGGCGGAAAAUUAGGGUUAGACAUUUGGGAUUUCCGAGCCGGUGGUUCAUCACCGGUCGUUAAAUCCGAUUGGCGGCGGUCGGAGAGGCGGGGAAAGGUAAUCGGGAUGGAUUCCGGUCGAACCGGAAAAGUAUACGUCAGAGAUGACGAGAACAUGAGGUUAGCAGUUGGUGACGUAAGAAAGGCUGAUGUGGCGUUAACGGAGGAGUAUGAGGAGGAGAUGUGGUGGGAUGCUGACGGUGUAACUGAGUCAACUCACGAGUAA